AUGCGCUUCUUCACCGCCUUGACCACCUUCGGGCUUCUCGCCUUUGCUACAGCUCAAAAUGCAACCGCGACGGAUGAGUCGACGAUAACCAGCGCUGCCUCGUCGACUGGAGCAUCCUCCGCCGCUGCCACGGCCUCCCUGAGUCCUCAAGUCAAGUGUCUCCAGUCCUGCGGUUCCGCGGACGUGUGUUGCCAGGCGAAAUGUGUCGGUGUCCCAUGCCCAUCUCAACUCCAGGCCAAUGCGACCACGGAAUGCGCUGCCGAAUGCCCUCAAGGCAACGGCACCGCCAGCGAGACUGAACAAUACGCCUCCUGCCAGGCGUCUUGCAUCAGCUCUUACUUCCUGACUGCCUCUUCCACCGCUGCUCCCACCGGCACCCAAACAGCAAGCAGCUCCUCGGGCACUUUUGCUUUCGGAGAUGGUACCACGACGACUGACGGGUCAGCAUCGGCAACAGGAAGCAGUUCUGCCACUGGUGCGUCGGCUUCAGCUUCGGAGACCGGGUCUUCUGGAAAUGGUGCCAACAACCUCCAUGUCGGUAGUGUGGGACUCGGUUUCCUGGGUCUUGUCAUGGCUGGUUUGGCUCUGUAG